GUCUUACGUGCACCGAGGCAAAUUUAAUGACAAUUUUCCAGUUGCCGUGGGGCAGCAAUCCAUCAUGGGGCACAGUAUGGGAGGUCACGGAGCACUAGUAUGUUCUCUGAAGAACCCUGGAAUGUUCAAAUCCGUAUCGACAUUCUCAGCUAUAUCGAACCCUUCGCAAUGUCCCUGGGGAAUCAAGGCAUUCACGGGGUAUUUGGGGCCCAAGGAGACCGGAUCUUGGAGCGAAUGGGAUGCCACAGAGUUGGUAAAGAAAUAUAAUGGGCCUCCACUUGAACUGCUGUUAGAUCAGGGUUUGGCAGACAAUUUCUUGGAGAAGAAGGAACUUUUGCCAGAGAAUCUGCUGGAAGCUUGUAAAUCCGCAGGUGUGUCGGCUAUUUUGAAGAAGAGAGAGGGCUACAAUCACAGCUACUUUUACAUUGCGACCUUCAUUGGUGAACAUAUAAAAUACCAUUCUGAGCAUCUGACAAGCAAACUGUAAUAAAAUGUUAUUAUCUGUUUCUUGAUUUAUAUACCCCACUGAAAAAUAAAGGCAAUGACACUUUA